AUGGAGCCAGUUCAGGCCAACCCGUCCACCGACGGAGCGUCGAAUGAAGACAAGAAUCCUUGGAUAAGAUUUAGCAUCGAGUAUCGGCACCGCGACACUGGCAACCUGAUUCACCGUGAAGUAACAGAGCGCUUCGCCAACGAGAGCCAAGACACCGUUAGCAUCAACAUGCCGGUAUUUGAAGUCUUGACCAUCUAUACGACGAAGCCAAUAGAAUCCGAGGACUCAAAAAAGACCCCAAGCCUACUGCCUACCCUUAUGACGGCGCGGUCGUACAAAUUGCGUAUUUACUCUCCUGCCAUCAUCAAUGCAUUGCAAUCUGUGGUGCAAUACUACCCAGCGCAAGAACUUGCUGGCGAGGCCAUAGUAGUGCAGUGGCCGUAUGCUGUACUUGUCCAUCACUAUGAUGAGCUUUCCGAUUUUCGGGAUGCCUGCGCAACAAAGGACCCGAGGAAAGUGUGCAUCAGAGAGCGGAACACACGCGAGCAUCUUACUCUUUUGCUGCAUUUCUUGGACGAACACGUCAUGACAGACGUUAGAGCAGAGAGAGAGCGCAACAAGAGGGGCUUCUAUACCUGGGAGCACGCCUGGGUCCAUUUGAAACCAGGCGCGACAUUUCUACAAAGGUUUCGUACCGAGAGUGACUGGACUCCUUAUGUUGUACACUCCAUCUCUGGUGGCGUUUUUGAUAAUCCGCCUAAAGAUUGGACCUGUUCCGUCUGGAAGCUUGUAUACGACGGAAAGUACCUUGGAAGACAUAUGGGCCAAAAUGACAUUGUAAAAUUUGAUGGUGAACUCGACUUUACUAAGUGCGACAAGCGUCUCGUGGAAGUGGAUGCUCUCGAAGAGUCUGCAAGACUUGACCAAGUAGUUGCGCAACAAAUUGAAUAUGGGAAGAAAUACUGGAAGCUUCUGAAGAAGCAGUGCAAGUAUUACAAGGGAAAGAGCAGGGAUUUCCCGUUCAAUGAAAUUGACGGGUUGGUCAUGACAGAUCCCAAGAGCCACUAUACCCACAGUCAACCUCCACGUCUAAUGGAUGAUACUGACUGUCGCAAUUGGGUCACGGACUGUGUUUGCGCCACCUGCAGGGAGCGGAAAGCUGACUCUAGCGAAAAGCAGAUCACGUCGUUGUUCGGGGAUUACAACUACAUCGAUGUGGAGGACGAGGAUGAGCUAACAGCGCAUCAAUACCUGGUGUGCAACUUUGAGAUGCACGCCUACGUGUUUUCAACACGUAAAUGGGAGAGGCUACACGUUGACAAUUUCUUCGAACCCAAGUUUGAGGAAAACAUGUUUGACAACUUGGUAAUGGAGGAACAAAGAAAGAGAAUACUGAAAGGCCUCUCCAAGAGCUUUGCGCGGCGCAAUAAGAAUGACGAGAUAGUGCCUAUGGAUUUGUGGGAGGCAGACUUUGUUAAAGGAAAGGGGGGCGGCCUGAUCUUCCUCUUACACGGGAAACCUGGCGUAGGCAAGACUUGCACGGCGGAGUGCGUUGCAGCCUUCACGAGACGACCCUUGAUGGUCUUGACGCCAAGUGAUAUUGGCACGGAUCCAGAUGACGUUGAAUCCAUUCUAGCUAGAAACUUCAAGACGGCCCAGAGCUGGGGUGCCGUCAUUCUCAUUGACGAAGCUGAUGUGUUUAUGGAGUGUCGAUCAACUACAGACCUAGUCCGCAACAGCUUCCUUCGAGCCCUUGAGUACUAUAGUGGCAUACUUUUCCUCACCACCAACAGGGUUGGGGCUUUUGACGAUGCCUUUGUCUCGCGUGUCCAUAUCCAGCUGCACUACGACGAAUUUACAGAUAGCCAGCGACAACAGGUCUGGCAUACAUUUAUCGACAAGCUAGCUCGGGAAAGAGGGAGCCACAUGCGCCUGAAUAUUGACGCCAAGGAGUAUAUUCGCGGUGCAGAGAUGCGAAGUGUCAAGUGGAAUGGCAGAGAAAUCAGAAAUGCCUUUCAGACUGCUGUUGCGUUAGCCGAGUAUGACGACGAGAAGGAUGAAGACGGCAAGAUUAUCUUGUCCGACACGCACUUUAGGGCUGUUUUGGAGCUAUCAAAAGAUUUUAAGGAUUAUUUAAACGAUUUACAUAAAGGCAACGAGGGCAAGAGAGCUCAGCGAAAGUACGAGAGACUAGAUACAUAUAAUACUAAGAGCGAGUAA